ACGAUGGUAAUCCAAGCAACUAUAAAAAGCAUGGCAUUGUUUGUGGCUAUUUCAAAGCAGACGGACCUUCACCUCCUACUCCAAAAUCCAAAUAUUUCAACCAUGUUUGCCCUGUUGUUCAUGCUGUUUACCACCAUCAUCGCACCACUAAUUCCAACCCUCUCUUCACAACCACCACCACCACAACCCUGUCUAAGCUGUCUUACUCCGCCUCCACCACCGACAGCGCCAGCACUUGAGUUUCCUCAAACCCAACAUUUUCCCCCAUUUUCCCCUUUCACUCCAUCACUACAAGAUGACAACAUAUGGUCUUCACCAAGUCCAAGACAUCCAGUAUCUGUGUUGUUCGUGUUGGGGUGUAUCUUGGCUGCUAUAAUAUUAAUUAGCUUAAUCGUAUUGGCGAUUUACAUUCGCCUGCAAAAAGGGCCGAAAGGGGACAAAGGGGAUCCAGGGAAGCCCGGCCCGAAAGGGGACAAAGGGGACAAUGGGGAGAAAGGGGAGAAAGGGCCAAAAGGGGACAAAGGGGAGAAAGGGGAGAAAGGGCCGAAAGGGGACAAAGGGGAUCCAGGGCCACCAGGGCGGCCACCCUGCCAGUGCUACCAGUACGGAGGAUGUGAAGAAGAAGAAGAUGCUAAGAAGGAGAAGAGAGGAGUGCUCAAAUUCACGGUCAAAUGAUGAACACUAAAAGUAUGCAAGAAUAUUUGAGUAAAGAAUUAAUUUGAGAUCCCGGCAUUGCUUCCUUGGUGAGAGAUUGUGAGGAAGAAAUUUGGUUGCGAAAAUGGAAAAAAGAGAUCUGAUGGUA